AUGCCACGUCGCAGAGACACCGCUGGCGUCUUGCUCUUGCUCAUACACAUUCUCUUCAAAGUGGGUCUAGUCAACAUUCCCCCAGUGACGCUUCGAACAGUGAUCCUGCUGUCUUGUAUCUAUAUGCACGUUGUGGACCUCCCUUGGGCAACACCGCUUGAAGUGUGCGUCGGAGUUGAACCAGUAGUCUUCAAGGAUGAAUGGUGGCGCAUCUUCUGCGGACCUCUGGAGCACGCGGACAGCCUUCACCUAUACUGUAACAUGGUGUCUUUCAUAUGGAAAGGAACUAUACUUGAAACUGAGCUUGGAAGCAGGACAUUCAUGUAUGUUCUUUGUGCCUUUACCGUGCUCACAGGACUGAUGUUUGUCCUUCUGGAAUACAUCUGCGGUGUGUUUAUAGACAAGGGACACUUCGACAGGUGCGCCGUUGGUUUCUCAUCGGUCGUGUUUUCCCUGAAGGUUCUCAACAAUCACUAUUUCCCAGGGAAAACGCCACGUAUCCUGAAUAUAGACUUAGCGUUGCCUUCUGGCUAUGUGGUAUGGGUGGAACUCGUCGUAAACCAGAUUAUAUCGCCAAACUCUUCCUUUAUUGGCCAUCUCUCUGGUAUUUUGAUAGGGCUACUUUUCGUCUACUUCAUAGAGCCGAUGUUUGAUGCCAGCGCCAACAUGUGGAUGAGAAGGCUUUCUCGUUCAAGAUCCUCUACUUCGGAAGAUUAG